UAUCACUGAUACAGAUCUAGACUCUGCACCUAAACAAUUGUAUCGUAGCUACCGUGUACCGGGAAUUAAUUAGCUAGCUAGCUAGCUGUGGCAAUCAUCUGUCACUAUAAACACUCUAGUCGAGUGAAGUGUUCUAGGACGAAGUAAAAAUGAAAGAAUUCAAGGGUUUGUGCAUUGUUGUUUUGAUAAUAGAUCUAGUUAUUCUGAGAUGUGGAUGCUCUGUGUCAACAACCUCAAGUGCUUCUACAAGCAUCUGUCAACCUACACACUCUUGUAAUAACACUACACUAAUCUGCAGAACUGAUGGGAAAAAAGAUAAGCAAGUACUAUAUAUUCUGGCCAUGGGUCCUUAUCCAAAAGAUAAUCCUUCUAAUAACCCCAGCUGGUCAGGGGGUCCUCAGGUAGUCUCCGGAGUGCUGCUCGCUGCAGAGCACAUCAACUGUGAUCCAGAUAUCCUUCCUGAUUACCGGAUCAAGGUCAUCGUUUCUGAUGGUGGCUGCGAACAUACAUCAAGAGCUUUUGCCAAUUUGACAUCCAGUGUUUACCUACAUCGUAGACCAGCUGUUGAGAAUGUGGUUGGUGUUGUUGGUGGGGCGUGUUCCGAAUCGGCCUUGGUUGUAGCGAAGCAUGUUAAUCGUGAUAAUCUCAGCUUAGUGCAAAUUGCUCCAAGUGCUACCUCUCCUCUCUUUGUCAGAAAUCUGACCAAAUAUAGUAGCACUAUGCGACUCACUGUCAAUGCUCUGUUGUUUGUCAAAGCUUUUACCCAUAUUAUUGUCGAACAGAAAUACGAAGAAGUAGCACUGCUUUACGAUUUCCAACGUAGUUACAUGCUUGAAGUUUCUGAUGCUUUUGAGAAAGCUUUGAAAAAGGUGAAUGUCAAUGUUUCGAUGAACCUGCCUAUUUUUGAUUUCCUGGUUGAUAAAGCAUUGGAAGAUCUGAGAGAUACUCAUAGACUCAUCUUCGUCUUUGCUGGAAGGAAGUUAUCCAAACUGGUUCUUUGUAUGGCAUACAAUAAAGGGAUGCUAUGGCCAAGCUACCAAUUCAUUUUUAUCAAUCGGCGACUGAGUAAUUUUGUGACAGCUGUUAAUAUAACAGACCGUGUCACAAAAGAAAUACUUGCUUACUGCUCUGAAGAACAAAUGUUUGAGGCUGUUCAAACUGCUACCAUUUUUGAGCCCCAAUUAACAAGACCUGAUAGAAAUACGAAGACAGUGAGUGGUUACACAUACAAUGAAAUUGAAUGUCAGUAUAACCGGACUCUUCAGAACCAUAUACAGUCCCUCGACAUAAAAGCAGAUGAUGUAAUUGACACAGAGUAUCAGAAUGCCUACUACGAUUCUACUUGGGCCUUAGCAAUGAGUUUGCAUAAUGCUCAACCCAAGGUCAACUUGAGCACUUAUCAUUACGGUCAACCAAAUAACACAAAAUUCAUUUUUGAACAAUUCUUCAAUCUUUCGUUCGAGGGAGCUUUUGGGAGAGUAGAAUUCAGUAGAGACACGUACGAUACAAAAGACGUUGCUAUAGUGAACAUAUACAAACAAAACAUUAGCAAUUUAAACUGCACUGAGUCAAAAAUCGUGGCAUUUUACAGUUCAAAAACCAGUCUUGUCAAUCUUUUUAAUUCCACAUUUGUCGAUUCGUCUGUGUUCGUCAAAAAGAUGGUUUACCCUCCACUGGUGUUGGGUUUGACUAUUAUGGCCGUGACAAUUGUCGUCUUACUCGUGAUCGGAGUAUUACAAUGUAUAAAUUGGAAUCUGGGUGACGUUAAGAACCUCAAGGCUACUAGCCCUCAAUUGAAUAAUCUAAUUUUCUCAGGUUGCUACCUCCUGUUGUUGGCAGUUGUGGUUUACUCGUUCAUUUCAGUGUUUCUCAUAGAGCUUAGAGACCACAUCACACAUUUUCCAGUUGUGUUUAGUGUUUUUUGUAACGUUCAAGCUUGGGUGACAACUUAUGCUUUUUCUCUCAUAUUUGGAACAAUUUGUAUGAAAACUUGGAGGAUCUGGCGAAUAUUCACUCACUUCAGCUCCAGUCCAUUGAAGUUUGCUGGUGAUGGAGUUCUUGUUGGAUUUGUUGUGAUUCUAAUAACAAUUGAUACAGUCUAUCUCAUAGUGUGGAUUUCCACAAACCCUUUGUAUAUGAUUUUAAUCGGUGAUAACAGCCGUCAAAUUGCUAUAUGCAGCUCCGAUGGAUUCACUGUGGCUUGGGUGUUAGUUCUGGUGUGUUACAAGCUGUUGGUGAUAUUCUUCGUCUUCUAUCUCUCCAUCAAGACUCGAAAGAUCAGUAGGAAGGAGUUCAAGCAGACUAAGAGCAUUAAUAUGCUCAUCUAUAUUCAGCUUUUCAAUUUCACUUUAGGAAUUGCACCAUAUGCAAUUGUCACUGCUAGUAGAUCUUUUGAUGAAGGGCCCAUUAUCGCAGCGUAUGUGUUUUACUGCAUGACUUAUAUUAUUGCAGUUGUUUUUUGUAUUAUUCUUGUCUUUCUACCUCCUAUUUACCUUGUUCUACGAAAGAGGUUGUUACAAUAGCUAUUUAUAUAUCUUUGUAUUUAAUUUAUAUAAUUGCGUUUUAAAACUGGUAAUGAACAUUACUAUAAUAUGGAUAUGGAAGUUGCUC